AUGACUGAAAAUAACCCCAUGAACUUCAUAGCUGCACUACAGAAUAUGGCUGCUGUUAUGCAAGCCACCGCUGAGGUACUUGGCCAACAAGUUGGGAAUGGUAAUUGCAAAAAUAGUGGCAAUAGACCGAUGACUUUAGCGACCUUUCUGAAGGUAAACCUACCAAUCGUUAAAGGAACAACGAACCCCACGGAGAUAGAUAAUUGGUUUCAGCUCAGUUAUGGUGGCAGGGAACACAUCAUCUUCUGCAGCAAGGCAAUGCCGCAAUACCUUGGGGCACCUUUCAAUCCAAAUUCUACAAGAAAUAUUUCCUCAGUCAGGACAGCGAAGGAGAUAGAGUUGCUACAACUAAAGCAGGGCUCAAUGUCGGUGGCAAAAUACACCAGUAAAUUUGAGGAGCUGUAUCAAUUUUUUAAGGUUUGCCAGGAUGCUCUGGAGGACUUCGAAGAAUGGCAAUGCGUUAAGUACAAGGAAGGCUUACGAGGAGAUAUCUUGAGUACUGUGGGGCCUAUGGAAGUUCAUGUCUUCUCAAAGUUAGUAAAUACGAGUAGGAUCACAAAGGAAUUUUCAAAGAAGGCUGUUACGGCAAAGAAUGAUCACCGAGAGUUUCACCAAAAGGAGUACAACCAGAGCUUCACACCAAGAAGCCAAGAAUUGAAGACAAGAGGAUAUGCACAACAAUUUUUCCAAGGUUGGAAUAACUUCAGAACAAAUAAUGACCACCAAGAAAAUGGUAGAGGAAAAUAG